AUGGGAAUCCGACAGUAUUCCGAGAAUAUGGACGACGCCAAGGCGGCCAGCCCUGGAAAGCAGUUCAACAUUGCUGUGGUCGGUGGAGGCCUUAGCGGCCUCUCUCUCGCAAUAGGCUUGACGCAGCGUGGCAUCUCAACUCAAGUCUAUGAAGGUGCGAGCAGCUGGACAGACGCGGGGGCAGGACUGGUUUUUGCGAAAAAUUCAAUGGACGCCAUGAGGAAGAUUAGUCCCGAUAUCUAUGAGGCGUUCGCGAAACGCUCGUCGGGACAAGGAUGGGAGAGUAAGAAGACGACAUACAUGGAUUAUCGAAAUGGCUUGACCGAUGGAGAGUUGGUCACUUCGGUGAUUUGUGCCAACACGGGACAGGAGAGUGUGCACCGGACACUGUUCGCGAAAGACUUGGUUUCUCUCUUGCCUGAAGGAAGCUUUCACAUGGGGAAGAGAUUGAUCGAUCUUACGACAAGAGACAGUGGUAGAUAUACUUUGACUUUCGCUGAUGGGGAGUCUGCGGACGCGGACGCCGUGGUGGGAGGCGACGGGAUCAAGUCAAAGUGCAGACAGAUUCUUCUGGGAGAGAACUCCUCCGAGGCGACCCCCAAAUAUGCCGGCGAGUUUGCUUAUCGAGGAAUGGUUCCAAUGGAAAGGGCAGUGGCCGUUCUUGGCGAGGAGUUCGCCAGAAACAGCAUGGUGAACAUGGGACCAGAUUGCUUGACCACGACAUACCCAGUCGAAAAGGGUACUUUGCUCAACCUGGUGGCUUGUCGAUCUUUGGAGAAAUGGGAGGAAGACGAGUGGGUGGUUCCCUCGAGUCAAGAGGCAGCGAAGAGCGAUUUCGCGGGCUGCGGCCCAGUGAUGCAGAAAGUCGUUUCGAUGAUGGACAAGCCAUUAAAGUGGGCCCUCUUUGACCACCCCGAAUGCUCCACCUUCUACAAAGGAAAAUUCGCGCUCAUCGGCGAUGCUGCCCACGCUUCGACCCCACACCAAGGGGCUGGGUGUGGACAGGCUUUCGAAGACGCGCUCGUUAUGUGCAACCUCCUUGCAGAUGAGACUAUCCAAAAGCCUGAGGAUAUUCAAGAAGCUUUUGCUGCGUACGACGCGAUUAGACGGCCUCGGACGCUGAAGGUUGUAAACACUAGCAGAGAGAAUGGUGAGAUAUGCAUGAUGCGCGGCGAGAGCACCGGAGAAGACUUGGGCAAGAUCAAAGCAACAUUGGAUGAAAGAUUCUAUUGGAUAUGGCAUGAGGAUUUAGAUCAGCAGGUAGAGACCGCAAAAGCAACAUUGCACAAAAGGUUGCAAGGGUCAGAGCACAAUUUGUUGGCGUAG